GUUUAACGGUUUAACUCCAUGUUGCAGCUUUGACAGCUCGAUACGUUGUGGAAGUUUUGCACAGUGUAUAGUCCAGCUUGUUUCAAAGAACGUUUGGAAUUUUUUGCAGAGUUAUAUGUUUUAAAAUAACGAUCUGAACGAUCUUACAACAGGACGAUGGUUAUUGAUGCCGACGUUGAGAACCAACCAUGGGAUUUGAAAACGUUUUCCGGACGUUUUAAAUACUUUUUGUGGGUAACGGAUCCAAGAACCUGUUUAACGCCGGAAGAGGAACUGAUGCAGGCUAGACAAUUGAUUUUAAAUAUCGGAAACGGAAAAAAAUCAUCACUAUCAGAAAAUGAAAUAAAUUUCGCCAGAAAACUUUACGAAAGUGCAUUUCACCCCGAUACCGGUGACCUGCAAAAUAUUUUUGGACGUAUGAGUUUUCAAAUGCCCGGAGGUAUGGCAAUAACUGGUGCUAUGUUACAGUGGUACAGAUCAAAUACUGCUGUAAUCUUUUGGCAAUGGGUUAAUCAGUCCUUCAACGCAUUAGUCAACUACACCAAUCGAAAUGCAAAUUCGUCAUUGUCUACAACCCAAUUAUUCAUAUCCUACGUAUCAGCUACAAGUGCAGCUCUUGUAGCAGCGGUAGGAUACAAAAAAUAUUUGACCAAAACAGCCAGCCCGUUUUUUCAGCGAUAUGUUCCUUUUGUUGCGGUGGCAGUGGCGAACUGUAUAAAUAUUCCACUAAUGCGACAAAAUGAAAUUCUUUAUGGAAUUCAUAUUCACGACGAAGAAGGAAACAUUGUUGGCAAAAGUAGAUUGGCUGCUGUCAAAGGGAUUUGUCAGGUCGUUUUGUCUCGAAUUGUUAUGUGUGCUCCAGGAAUGCUAGUUUUACCCAUGAUAAUGGAAUCUCUGGAAAAAUUUAAGGCAUUUCGACGAAUCUCAUAUCUUCAUGGCCCAUUUCAAGUUGUAGCUGUUGGAUGUUUCCUCACAGUCAUGGUACCUACUGCCUGUGCCCUCUUUCCGCAAACGGCUUCUUUGGAUACGAAAACAAUGAAGAUAUUUGAACCUCAAUUUUAUGAAGAUCUUAGGAAAUAUGAAAAUAUUCCGCAGAAAAUCUAUUUUAAUAAAGGGCUAUAGAAAUAAAAUUUCAAGUCAUGGAGAUGUAAUUUAAAAUAAAGUGGUAAAUGUGGA